AUGAUGAUGGAAGAACAUCAUUAUUCAAAUGAACAUUUUUACAAUAAUCAUUUUUACUCGGAUGAUUGGGCAAAUACAAGUUCAGAUGAACCAAGCUUUAAUUAUACUCGAUUUGAUUUAGACGAAGAUGAAAUUCAAGAUCAGCAACAACAACAACAUCAUCAACAACAACAACAACAACAACACAGAUUUUUCAAUGCAGAUGUAUCAUAUGCAAGUGUUGAAGGUGAAUCAUUUGAUCAACAUAACCAUUUCCAUUAUUUUGAAGAAUAUCAAGAAGAUGAAGAAAUAGAAAUAAAUAAUACUUUCUCAAGGUUUAAAAAAGUUUUCUCAAAAUUAAAAAUGUAUGUUAAAGGAAGAAUAAAAGUAUUGAUGCAGAAGGACUGA